AUAUAGACUUCCAGUUGGUCUUUGCUGGAACUCUUAAGAUAACAUAUUUUUCACAAAUCUUAUACUAGGAAACACAUGCAAGCACGUACCCUCCCGGCCUCCCCCAAUCCAAGUGAACAAAAAAUUGCUAUUUUAAAUAAAUGAGUUUCAUCUCAACAAGUCUUCUUUCUGCAACCCCAUUAUAUAUCUCGUCCUCCCUAUUAAGACCCUUCACUCACAGCUACAAGUUACAUCCAUUAACAAGUUCAAGCCAAAACAACAAAAUGAAGAAAUUUAGUAAAUCUCUCAUGGCCUUCCCGCUCCUCUUACACACCCUAUGCCUCCUUUUGUUCCCACAACCUUUACUAUCUCAAGAGAGUACUGGAGAUUUUGUUCGCCAGCCCGCCAGGAAUCUCAUCAUCACUCCCCACCAUCGUUCCGAUUCGGAGCCCCAACAGGUGCAUAUUUCAUUGGUGGGGAAAGAUAAGAUGAGAGUAUCGUGGAUAACAGAAGACAAGGACGCUGAAACUAUAGUCGAGUACGGAACAAAAGCAGGGGAAUAUAGUGCAAAAGCAGAGGGGGAACAUACAAAGUAUCAAUAUUUUUUCUACACCUCCGGGAAGAUCCACAAUGCUGUGAUUGGACCAUUGGAGGCAAGCACCACUUACUUUUACCGGUGUGGCGGGUCUGGACCUGAGUUUUCGUUCAAGACACCUCCAGCCAAGUUGCCAAUUGAAUUUGUCAUUGUUGGGGAUUUGGGACAAACUGAAUGGACUGCAUCAACCCUAAAACAUAUUGACAACAAUGACUAUGAUGUGUUCUUGUUACCGGGAGAUCUAUCCUAUGCAGACACACAACAACCAUUAUGGGACUCUUUUGGUCGUUUAGUAGAGCCAUAUGCUAGUAAAAGGCCAUGGAUGGUAACCGAAGGUAACCACGAGAUUGAGACUUUCCCCAUUAUCUACCCACAUGGCUUCAAAGCUUACAAUGCCCGUUGGCCCAUGCCCUACUCAGAGAGUGGCUCAACCUCAAAUCUCUAUUACUCAUUUGAGGUCUCAGGAACCCAUGCUAUAAUGCUAGGUUCCUACACUGAUUUCGAUGCCAAAUCAAAACAAUACAAGUGGCUUCAAUCUGACCUAGCCAAGAUUGAUAGAGUUAAGACACCUUGGGUCAUUGUGUUGCUUCAUGCACCUUGGUAUAACACUAAUGAGGCACACCAAGGCGAAGGUGAAUCAAUGAGAGACGCCAUGGAAGAGUUGCUUUAUGAGGCUCGAGUUGAUUUGGUUUUUGCAGGGCAUGUUCAUGCAUAUGAACGUUUCACUCGAAUUUACGAUAAUAAAGCUGAUUCGUGUGGUCCAUUGUAUGUGACAAUUGGAGAUGGAGGAAACCGAGAAGGUCUUGCAUUAAGCUUCAAGAAACCUCCAAGCAAACUCUCCUUGUAUCGCGAGCCAAGCUUUGGUCAUGGAAGGUUAAAGAUACUAAAUAAAACACAUGCAUAUUGGUCAUGGCAGCGCAACAAUGAUUCUGAUGAAGUUGUAGCUGAUGAUAUCUGGAUAGAAAAUUUAAGCAGCUCAAAAGCAUGUUCAGCCACACCAAACAAUCAAGUUGCUCAUGAAGAGUUGUAAAAUUCAACUAGGAGCUAUACUUAUUCAUAUUUCUUACAAAGAUAUGGUCAACUAGUUUGUUGCAAUUUGUUUGAGUACUUAGCUAUGAUCUUCAACUAGGAAGAGGAGUGAAAAUAUUAUUGUGUCAGCAACACCUUAGUCAAGAUAUGUAACUUUUCAAAAAAAAAAAGUAGAUUACAUUUCUUGUUAGUUGGUUUUGAAUCAUUGUAAUUAGAUAUGUUUGUAAAAUAUUUAUGCAGCUAAACAGAAUAAAUUAUCCUUUCUCACAA